CAAGAUCUGAGAACAAGAUGUAAUAGUCACAAUGAACAAGAUAUAAUAGUUGCAAGGUAUAAAUCUAGUCUACUAUAAAUACUUGAGUAUUACAAGGCCAAAUAGGACAGAGUUAUAAAUAAGCAACUCUAUGGCAGUGCUUGUCGUAGCAAUCCUCUCAUCAGUAACUGAAAAAGCAUCUUUUGAUUUAAAAUCACAAAUUUAUGCUGGUGCUGUAACUAGUGAGUCCAUUUACGUAGAAAAAAAUUAAGAGCAGUAAACAAGUACAUAUAACAAUUGCUGUUAUGAUUACGCAACAUCGUUAACUUCGUUAAGAAAAGCCUUUUGCCUCUUGAAUUGUGUAUUGAAUGAUCAUUGUGACAAACAUCUGUGAAGAAUAGACUGGUUUCACGGUAUUAACAGCUGUAAGAGAAAAAAACGAUCAAUAUAACAAUGUGGUUUUUUAUACUUUUUUAUUUAUCAUUCAUAUUACGAAAAUCUGAAACUGCAAGUGAUGUAAUAGUGAAAGAAGUAUCAGCUGGACACUUGGCUGAGCUUCCAUGCUCAAGUAUUGACGAAUAUCAUCGUUUUAUGAUGUGGCAAUUUGGAAAUAAUGACCAGAUCAUUAGUCCAGGAAAUCCUUUCAAUGAAAAGAAAUAUAAUUAUGAAGUGUUGACUGGCACACUCCUGAUAAGGGGUGUUUCAACUGCAGAAUCUGGCUUUUAUAAAUGUAUUUCAAGAGGUUUAAAUGAUGAGUCUAAAUUAAAAAUUGGUUCUAUUGAAUUAAUAGUCAAAAAUGAUUGGGAGAAACUUUGGGAAAACGAUUUUGAGACAAAUCUGUUACGAGGAAUGACUGCUGUUAUGGUAUUUGUGGUUGCUAUAGCUGUCAUACUUUUAAUUAUUAUUGUUAAGAGAAAGAGAAGUCAAAGAUUCUUUGAUCUAGAAGAGUCGAGAGAAAAUUCUCCAACACGAUAUACGCCAAAUAACACACCUGGUGUUUCAUCAAGUACUGGAAAUGUUGGAGUCGAUAAUGUUGCUGUUGAAAUUGAUUUCCCUAAAGUAUUUAAACAAAUGCAGAAAGAACAAGCAAUGCCAUAAUGAUUAUAAAAUAGGAAUUAUAUUAGAAAAUUUCCAGAGAACUUAGCC